AUGGUUCAAUUCUCAGCGGACUUUGAUUAUGAUAAAUCUGAUUACAGUGAUAGUGAAUUCUCAGAUGACAAUAGUAUUCCAGAAUUUAAACUGUUUGUAACUAUAAACAAUGGAACUUCAACACCAAUUAAAUCAUCAAAUAAGAUAUCGUUUAAGCAACCUGAACCUAGAAGGUUGUUCACUGAUGUACAUGAUGAAAAUACUAAAGGCCGUUCUGGUGCUUUGAAGUUCUCAUACCCCCAAGAUACCUCUAUCAAUUCUAUCAUAUCUGCGGAAAAUCAAAUCACCACUAAUAAUAAUGUACCUGGCCAAGUCUCUCCUGACGAAGUUAUGGAGCUUGAAUUAGGAUUGCAAAAUAUGGAUAUGGGACCAUCAAUUGAUAAGAUUAUGAACCCUAAAGCUCUUGGCGGUAGAGCGGUAGAUUUUAUAAAAGAAAGUAACCAGCAACAGACGGAAAUCGUUAAUGAUCUUUGUGAGGAAUUUCAUGAUCGCAUCUUUGAAGAUGUGGAUAAAGAAUCAGAGGCUUUAAAUUCAAAUUUUGAAACCUUAAAAGAUGGAUAUGGUGCGAUUAUCGACCAUGUUAUGGACAGUAUAUCAGAAAGGAGCCAUAAACGUGAUGAUGAGAUUGGGAAGUUAGUUGGCAAAUUGCAACAGAUAAGACACGCCAAGCUUGAAAAAGAAAAGGAAAGAAUAAGACUUGAGGAAGAAAGAAAACGCCGUGAGGAAGAAGAACGCAGGCGGAAGGAAGAAGAACGCAGACGGAAGGAAGAAGAGCGUAAAAGAAAGGAAGAGGAAGAAAGAAAGAGGGCGCUUGAAGAAGCAAAGAAGAAGGCGCUUGAGGAAGAAAAGAAGAGAAAAGAAGAAGAAUUACGAAGGAAACAAGAACAAGAGAAGAAACUGCAAGAACAAAAGGCCAAAAGAGCCGAAGAACUUAAGAAGAAAGAGGAAGCUGCAAAAUCUGGGGCAGCAUUCACUGACCAGACCAAUAUUGAAACAGAGUUAAUGAAAUAUAGACAAGUUUGUUUGGAUUACAGGGAAAAUAUCAAAAACAAGAUGAAGCUAGCAGAGCUUAAGGAUUUGAGAACCAAGUGUACUAAAAUAAGAAGAAAGUUGAAUCCAAGAUUUGGUCAGCUUACUAAUAGUGUUUCCAAAUUGAAUUCCAUCACGGCUGACAUUUUCCAAGUUUUAGACGAGGCAAGAACCGUUGGUCUGCCAAACCCCAACGAUGAAAUUAAUAGAUUUGCAUUUAAGUGGAUCAUGUAUAUUAUUUCUAAAUUGAUCAUUCGACAGGCGGAAUCAGAAAUUUCUGUAUCGAUGAAAAGUGGAAUCCCAUUGGCAAGACUUGUAGUUUAUUUGACGGUCAAGUAUCCGGAAUUGCAGGAAAUUCUAUUUGCAAAGUUUGCCAAAAAAUGCCCAUUUAUCAUUGGCUAUAGCUGCUCAUCUGAAACUGUUGAAGGGAGAAUUAGAAUGGGUUGGAAGUAUGAAUCAAAGGAGGAUAAGAAAUGGGAAACAGAUUUAAAGUAUUGUGAACGAUUGGGUGGUAUGCUUGUUGUUUGGUCAAUGAUGAGCACCGUUAAAUUUUCUGACAAUGAGCAAAUUGUACGAGUUUUGGGACUCAACGCAAUUGUGCCGCCGAUUAAUAUAUCUCAAUCGUGGUUGAUGGUUUCUAGACUUUUGAAUUCUGAAAGGCUGUUUGUUACUAAUGCAACUUUCUACAUGUUUUGCACCUGGGUUGAGGCUGCUGGAAAUGAGUUUCUGCAAGCUUAUGGUAAACAAGGUCAGAAAUUAUUGACUGUUUUGUGUUGUGAUUUCCCACAAAGCUUUACUGGCGAAAAAUUCACUUCUGCUAGUAAGUUGAUCACUCUUGGUGAAGAAUGGAAAAACUCUGGUAAGUUUGGUAAAUUGGAGCCUAUGGAACCUUAG